GAUGCCAUCCAAAUUACCUACAGAAACAACCAGAACGGCUUCUCUCCUGGAUUGCAAGGGCACAAAAGAUCUUACUUCACUCUUACAACAUUUCUGCUUUCUCCCAGAACAGAAAUGUGCACCACCAGCAGCGAUUCUCUCCAUCAGUAACUGAUAUACCCAGACCUUCCACAGCCAGACAGAACAGAUAUAACACUUUUAGGCUGGCUCCAGAAGACUCAGACUCUGUUUGACUGCCACCCUUUUGGAUAAAUAUUUUGGGAUUCAAGAUGAAUAAGACAAGGGCUGUUAAUGAUAUUUUUCAUUUCCUGAUCAACAAGAACUGGAGCUCAAGCCGAAGCUUUCCUAUGAACAUUUCUAAUCAGUGCAUGAACAUCACCGACCUUACUGUCUUUCUGGCCACCUCUUACAGCUUGGAGACUGUUCUGGGCAUUGUGGGAAACAUCUGUCUGAUUGCUGUCAUUGCCAGGCAGAAGGAAAAGGCAAAUGUCACCAAUAUCCUAAUUUCCAACUUAAUAAUUUCAGACUUGUUUAUGUGUCUUGUCUGCCUGCCUUUCACAGUUGUUUACACCAUGAUGGACUACUGGAUAUUUGGAGAAGUCAUGUGCAAAAUGACCUCUUUCACUCAGUGCACAACUGUGACAGUAUCAAUCCUUUCCCUUGUCCUUAUUGCUCUGGAAAGACACCAGCUCAUCAUAAACCCGACUGGCUGGAGGCCAAAUACCUCCCAAGCCUACCUAGGAAUUGGAGUGAUUUGGACUUUAGCAUGUCUCAUGUCCCUACCCUUUUUGACCACAUCCAUCUUGUCUAAUGAGUUGUACGAGCAGCUCUCACACUUCAUGAAUUUUUCCACUGAUAAGGCAAUAUGUAUCAACUCGUGGCCUUCUGAGCAGCACAAACUUAUCUACACUACCACUUUACUGCUCUUGCAAUAUUGCAUCCCUCUGUUCUUCAUUAUCCUUUGCUACCUGCGUAUCUACUUACGCCUGCAGAAGAGAAAGGACAUGUUUGAGAAGAGCGAGUACAGCAACCGAGCAGUCCAGCUGAGAAGAAUAAACAUUUUGCUAGCAUCCAUGGUUGCUGCUUUUGCUGUUUGCUGGCUACCACUGCAUGUUUUCAACACCAUUGUGGACUGGAAUUACAAAAUCAUUUCGCCUUGCCACCACAACCUGAUCUUCUCAUUGUGUCACCUGGUAGCUAUGGCUUCUACCUGUGUCAACCCUGUUAUCUAUGGUUUCCUAAACAGCAACUUCAAAAAAGAAGUGAAGUCACUGAUUCUGAGCUGCCAGCAUAAUUCAGUAACUGCCUCAAUGGAAGAAUAUGAUCAUUUGCCUUUAUCCACCAUGCAGACUGAAAUUUCCAAGGGGUCACUGAUGUUGAACUGCAGGCACAAUUCUAUUUAAUGAGCAGAAAAUAUUUCAGAAGGUGCACUGACACCACACACCAAUUUUUACCUGCGGGUAUAUGAAGCAACUGGUGAUGCCACAGCUGGGAUGUGAACAGGAAGCCAUCACUACCUGAGUUUUGGAAGAACAAGCCCAGUAGUGUUGUAAAUGUUCACAGUUGCUGCUGUGGUGCACAAGUCUUUGUGUUACUGAGGUCGUACAGACACUGAGGAGACUGGGCUGAUGUAUAAGCAGCUGCUCUAAGAUCAGUGGCUAAGCUGUGGCUGCAUAGAGGCUGACACAGGUUCAUCAGUGAAACUCAUAUCUCUACCAUGGCUGCAGUAGAAAACCAGAUUUCCAGUUUCAUCACUGCAGGCUGCCAAAAGUUGUGUUGGAGAAGUCUCUCUCAGUUUUUCAGUAUUAGUAAGAUUUUUAUGCACAGCUGACACACCAGUAGAACAGAGAUAUGUAAAUAUCAAUUUCAUCUACCACCUCUCGCAGCCCAUAAAGUUACAGUAAUCUUUCAGAUCUUCAUAUAAAACAACUGCCUGUUUCCAUGAAACUUCACUCUGCCAUAGGCUUGAGAAUAGUCAUUGCCUCUGCAAGUAGGAUCAAGGAACAAUGACGCUGGUAUGUAAAGAAGACAGUAAUUUAUGAAGGAUGGCAGCAAAUGAAAAUGUUAUUUGAUGGAUUAAACUCAAAAUGCAUUGAGAUGUUACUGAGAACUAUUUUAAAGCAUGUGAGAAAUGAGUCAGUUCCCGCUGCUGUCAAUCACCAAGCUCUGCAAUGCUAAAACUUCAUGCCAUGAUGGUACAAGAUGGCCAAAUUACAGGAGUUGUUGGAGGACUUGGUAGUAACAUGACAUUCUGCUUCAGCAUCUUCUUGUUACUUUAAUUGCAACGUAUCAAUUCAGAAGGUCAAAAUGAGCAUGAAAACUUGUUUGUGGAAAUCACAUGUUUCCAGAGUGGCUACACUUCCAAAGAAAUAAGCAUAUGCAUGGAGAAUUAGAGUUUUCUUAAAAAAUAAAACCCGAUAUAAGAUAUCAGUCCCACUCACUGGCAUCAGCAACACAAGUGAAUCUGAAAUUCCAACAAAUCAAUAGAAGGUCAAUGAAAAUACACAGGUGGAAUCCAGGUCAGGCUGAAGCCAAGCCAAAUAGGUAGUACUGUCAAUUGCUCCAGUAAAAUGAAGGUCAUGUUUUUUCACAGCGUGUUAUUUGUAGCCUUUGUUUAUGAAACCUACAAACUAUAAACUCUUUUUAACCUCUGGAGCCAGAGAAAUUGCUCAGUGACUACUGAGAAACCAAGGCAUGCCCGAGAAGGCCAUACUGAGCUACAGAUUAAAAAAAAACCAAAAAACUAACAAACAAAAAAAAAACCAAACAAACAAAAAAAAAACAAACAAACCACAACAGGUAGCAAGUGCAAAAAGGAGAUCAACCAGCUCAAUGCUAAUGAAAUACUUAAGCAUAUUCUGUCCUGAUUUCCUAAACUAACCUUAGCAGAAUACUGGACUAGGUGGCCAGCUGAAGUAAUUUCAACAUGAUUUAUGCUCUGAUAAGCAGUGGUUACUUGCUGCAGGUUUGCAUGGAGCUGAAGAUAUCCAGUGUAUAAUUAUGCAAACAACUAGAAAUUGUUGGCAGAUCUCUAAUUAGACAAAUUGGUAUAAAGAUAGGUGAGGAAAAGACUUCCUCCCAUGCUGUGAACUGACAAGAAUAUGGAUUCUGAGCAGAGUAUCUGAGGACAAGAGCUAACCCCUAUGUUAUAAGGCAGCAAGAGCUAUCAUAAACCCAGCUGGCAGAAAUAAAAGUUAACCCCUUGCCAUGAGCUGGGUGCACAGAUUUCAGUGGUAAAACUUGAAGUUUGGCCUUGAAUUCUUGUGUACUACCCUGUAAUUCUGGCCAGAACCUCUGUAUCUUAGUAAGAUACUUUGUGUGUGAUUACCCUUUAUAUCUUCCUCAACUAUGUGGUAAGACAUUUUUGCUCUUUUCAAAUGGAUUCCAGCUUUCUUCUAUUUUCUUUGUGACUUGCUAUGCCAUGCUGAGAAGUUGUUUCUCUUGAUUAGUUUGCAUGCAAUGUGAUUUCUAGACUGGACAUUGAGUCUACUAGAAAUACAGAAUAAGAGGACUCUUAUAUUAGAUGCAUCUUGAAAUUUGCUACUGUAGCAGAAAUCACCAUGGGCUGCUGAGUAGCACAAAAUACAGCAGCUCCUCCUAAUCAUCGUGAGUUACCUCAAAACUGUGCUUUAUUACUUCAAGGCUUAAAUACUAUUUCAACUUUGCCAUUGUUUUGCAUUUAGAAUCAAUCUAAGUAAUUGAGCAAUUCUGCCCAGUUUUUGCACUUGUUAGAAUUCCAGCACUUAGCUAAGGUGUCUGUAAAGCUAUUUUAAGAAUAGUCUGCUAAACACACAGAAAAUUACCUGAUACAUGGUCUUAAGUAUAUAACUUUUCAAACACCAGUGUCUUAAACAGAAACACAAUUACUUUUAGCAUUUGUACUUCCAUAAACCUGUCUUUGUCACUAAUUCUAAGUGAAAACUUUUGGUACAGUGCUUACAGUAUAGCAGAGACCUGCCACUAGAGCAGUGCACUGGCAUUGUGCAUCAGAUCCAAGUUCUUCCUGUAAAGGGUAGAAACAUGGGCGGGAUCUGACACUGUUUAACUGUAAUUCACGUGGCCAUUUGUUUCCAUGAACACAAGUAGAUACAUAAAGCAAGCAGAUCCAACUUUACACUAACACAAAUGGAUGUUAUUUUCCUCUCGUGAUUAAGCAAAGAGUCAAGUUCAGAGUCAACUACUGUUUAUUGCUAACUGACUUUGGACUUGAUAAACUACAGGAUUUAAACACUAAAAGCCACCAAACUGCACCCAUACAUCUAACUGCAAAAAUGCAGAUCCUCAGAACUCCCAACC